AUUCAGACCUGACCACCAAAGUGGUUUCGUUUCGUGUAUGUACUCUAACCUAGUUACAUCGAAAUAUCCACCACGCCUACAUAUGUAAGUACAUGUAUUUACCUAUCAAAUCACCUACCUGCUGUAGUACCUACAUACCUAUAUAUAUUGAUCUCCUGAUUUGCCCUGUUUCACCCUGCUUGUGUUACUGAAGUCUUAACUUGAGUUCCCUUCCUAGAGUUCCUUCCUAGUAGAGAGUCUUCACUUCAAACUUAGCUAAUCGCAAUACGCCUAAUACCGGCAACUUCGCUUCUGAACGCCCAUGAGCCAUUCACCUUUAUCGAACCUAGAAGAACCAUUCUAACUCAUCUCUACCUCUCUCACAACUAUGCUGAAUACGCAAUAGAAAAAAGGGCUUUUUCAGGUUCUCAUGUUUUCGUCAAAAGUUCCCCGCAUCUUUGUCCUUGCCAGCGUUGUGCUUCUAUUCCUCGUCUCUUUCACUACCCUUCGCCUAUAUCAUCGGAUACCACCAACCUACUCGGUAUCAAACUUGGAGGUGGCCCCUUUCAAGGAUGGGACCACCGUACAUAUCAUAGAAGAAGCAUCGAAUGUCAAUGAUGUCGUCGUUAGUGACCUCAUCGGUGGUGCUUCAGAUCCAGACCUACCUGCUCUCACGCCCAGUCCCACCACUCAGGUCGAAGAACAAGUCCACAAGCCCGAGACUGGGGAGAUAUUAACUCACCCGUCAUCUCAACUAUCAGCCCGGCCAGGUCCCUUUAGUAUUAGCACGGACGUAGGAGGCCGGCUCAAGGAAAGCAAUCCACCAUUGCUACCCAACCCAAAAGGUUGUCCCGACCUGGAAUUUAUAGUGCGAGCCAGCACCGAUCUAAAGCUAGCCGGGCGUGUGCGCUACGUCCGACGCUACAUACAGCCCGUCUUUUCCGAUACUAUUGACAGGGACGAUGUCGCAAACAUCACGCAGCCCCUCCUCAACGAUGGGAUACAAGUUGACCUCCACAAUUGUGACGAUACAACAAUUCCUCACACUGCACCAAUUCAACUUCACGUACCAAAGCCUCAUGCCGAGGCAACAUUUCCACAUCUCACCUUUGGUGUUGCUACCGACUAUAGUCGUCUAAAUCGAUCCGUCGUCCCUUUCGCGCACUGGCUUUCCCACACCGAGGCCAAGCUAGUUGCUGUUGUUACGGACGCGAAAGGAAAAUCAGCUAAAGAGAUGGAACAACUACAACACCUUUUUGAGUCUAAUGGCAUAAAUGUCACUUUGGUAAAGCCUAUAGAUGAGAAAUUUACGACUUCACAGAACCAUUUUGCCGUUUUAGUUAACAUGCUCGACCACAGCUCUGCCCAAACACAAUGGUACGGCCUUCUUGACGACGAUACUUUCUUUCCGAGCCUAAAACCGCUCUCAGACAGUCUUAGCAUGUUAAACCAUGAAGUCGAUGCCUACGUUGGUGCGCUCUCAGAAGAUUUCGCUGCUGUCCAAAAUUUUGGCUUUAUGGCUUUUGGGGGUGCUGGCGCCUUCCUCUCGGCUCCACUUGCCAGAAAGCUUGGUGAACAAGUACUCAAAUGCAUCGAUGAAGCCACUAGUAAAGAAGGCGAUAUCAUCAUUCGUGACUGCGUGUACACCAACUCGAAAGCGAAACUCACGAUCCUUCAAGGACUAUACCAACAAGAUAUGGGCAACGAUGUUAGCGGUUUCUUUGAGGCCGGACUGAAGCCUCUCAGCCUUCAUCACUGGAAGAGCUGGUACCGGGAGCCCGUUGAAAAGAUGGCAAAGGCCGCUGUCUUUUGCGGAGACUGUUUCUUACAGCGGUGGCGAUUUGGUACGGACACCGUAUUCUCAAAUGGAUUUUCCAUUGCGAUAUAUGAAGAUGGUGUAGAAUCGGUCGAUUUACAGUCAAUGGAGGGCACGUGGGCCGGGGCCAGUAGGGGUUACGACUUCAGCAUUGGUCCACUCAGAAAACCAUACCCCACAGACAAGAAGAAGAGCUACAAACUGAGGGAUGCAGAACUGACCGAGAAUGGUGAUCUGAGACAGUUGUAUCUACGGGUUGGCAAUGCUUCUAUCGGAGAACUUGACUCAGUCGUGGAAUUAGUUUGGCAAAAGCAUAAAUAGGUAACGGGCGUUCAUGGCAAACAUUUUUAUUUUGGUUUAUAAUAGGUUGGUUUCAAGAGCAUCUUUGGAAACGAUGGCAUCGCAUACAUUUCAGGAUUGGGUUCGAAGGCAAAAUGUAUGUAUGGUCUUGGAGUUCAGGACAGGCAGGUUUUGGAUGGGGAUGUUGAUUCCCCUCCCCCUUUUCGAAAGCCAAAUGUUACUAGGUUAUUUCGUGCUUUCAAACUAAAAUUCGCAUUGCCUCU